CAGGGUGAAGCAGCCGGUAGUACUCAACCCUCAACACACCCAGUCACAAUGGCGACAUCCGUGAAGCGCAGCCACAGCUGCAGAUGCCAAGUACUCUUCCUGCUUGCGUUGGUUCUUCUGGCAUUCGUCUCUGCGAGUCCUACACCCAUCAGCGGCAAGUAGUGCACGACUCAGUCUCGUAUUUUGGCCAUAUACGUUUCGGUCAGAGCAUUGACGACGGCAGGAAGAGCAAGACAACGGUCGUCGUCGGCGGCGGCAACGAGGCAAUCGUCGACGAGGACAACGACAUAUUCAACGGGUGCCACUACAAUAACCAGAAUCCCCAUUAUUCGUCGGCGCUGUUCUGCUGCAGCAAGGACAAGCUGUGCUGGGCGUCGUUGCCGGAGUGCGCCGCCAACUGCCCUUGCAAGACGAACUGCUAGACGAUGAUGAGCUUCGAGUCUCCAGUUCAUACAUGAUCCAUGGUUGUGUUAUUGGAUGAAGAUGUACUAGAGAGGCAAUCGCCAAAGAUGCAGUCUUGAUAGCAACUGAGAAUAAUCGUACGAUAGAUAUUGGGCUAAA